AUGUCCUUUAUUACAUCAGGAUUUUCUGAUUUUGUAAGGAGCAUGGUGAAAGACGAUUUCCACUCAUCGGACUCUGACUCUGAGAAUGGUCAGGAAAACCACCUCUCCGGAAAUCAUGGCAAUGUUUCUCGCUCUGCAGGCAUUGGUAGGGGAGUGGAGGCACAUGCAACGAUGUCGGAUGAGGGAGAUCAGCAGCAACGCUACUUCAAUGGGUACGAUAUUCAGUCCCUAACGAAAGAAUUGGAGUAUUAUAAAUCGAUGUUUCAAGAACUCUCCGAGAAUAACAGCACCAUGAGUGAGCAGCUCUCUCUGUUGCAAGAAGAGAACGAAUCGUUAAAGAGCAAGAUUAAUUUGACAGAGCAGCGUUACGAGAGCCAAAUUAGUCAGAUCAUGCGUUUGAACGAGGAGAUAUCAAAGUCGAUGCAAGAGAAGGAACAGCUUGAGAGUGACGUGAACUUUUUCAAAAAUUUGUAUGACUCCAUGUCGACUUCGUCUCUUCCUCCAGCUGUAGCGGAGGAGAUGCGAAAGAAAGUGGAAAGCCUGAGCCAGGAAUGUUCGCAGUUGCAAUCGGAAAACGACUCGUUGAAGAAGAAAUGCGAGGAGAGAGACGCGUUGGUGCGAGAAAAUACGGAGCGUAGCGAUGUUGGGUGGGAUUGA